GUCCAUGUGGAGGCAUGCCGGAGUAAAUACUGCGUUUGAAUUGUAUUGUAGGUAUAUGUAAUGUGACAAUUUAUGAUUACGAGUUAGAAAUUACUGUGUUUUCUAAUUGUGAUAAUAACUUAUGUAAUUUAUUAUCUGAUAUAUUAAUCUGAUAACGGUUAGUGCUGUGCAUUGCAGUUAUAAUAUUAAAAAAUUGUAAAAAAUAGAGGAGUGGAGUUAAAUAGAACUUAAAGAUCAUGACUCAGAGCAUCUUGAACCCGGACAAAUUUCACAGCAGUGGUCGCUCUGUUAGUGAAGAGAAACUAAUGGUGGCGGUGCGAGUACGACCGCUACGCGGUGAUGAAGGUCCCCGUAUCGUCCACGUGGUCAGCGAUAAGAUGCUAGUCCUAGAAGAAGAGGCUGAUGUGCGCCGUGAUGUGCUACGACAACGUCGCGUCAAUGACAAACAUUACGUUUACGACCGCGUCUUCGGGGAGGAUAGUACUCAAGAGGAUGUUUAUGAAGUCAUAUGUGCGCCUCUGGUUGGCGAUACCCUUAAUGGAAUAGCAGGAGCGAUUUUCGCCUAUGGAGCAACAGGAGCUGGGAAAACACACACGAUGAGCGGUCUCAUGUCUAGAGCCCUUAAUCAUCUCUUUACAUCCAUUUCGGAAAGCGAUGACACCGAUUCUUUCGAUGUAAAACUAUCCUACAUCGAGAUCUACAAUGAAAAUAUUCGCGAUUUAUUGAAUCCCGGCGCGGGACCUCUUGAGUUACGCGAUGAAGGUGGCAGCGGACCGCCUGUUGUUGCAGGAUUGAGCGAGGUACGUGCUCUUGAUGCAUCUCAUGUUGCCGAACUCCUUGCCAGAGGCGAUCGUUCAAGAACAGCGGAACCAACUUACGCAAAUCAGCAUUCGUCGAGAGGACAUGCUUUACUCAGCGUAUCGGUGAGCAAAACAGUUUCAAAUGGUAUUCAACGUGGGCGGUUGUUCCUCAUCGAUCUAGCGGGAUCCGAACGUGCUGGUUUAAGAGCGCGACGUCUUGAGGGCGCUCACAUCAAUCGGUCACUGCUUGCGCUUGGCAACUGCAUUAUGGCGCUCUCUGGCGGUGCCAGGUACGUAAAUUACCGAGAUUCGAAGCUAACGCGGUUGCUGCGCGAAGUGUUGGGCGGGCGCUGUCGUACGGCCAUGGUGGCGCACGUGUCCCCCGCAGCAACGCACCGCGACACCACGCGGUCCACGCUGCAUUAUGCACAACGCGCCUCUGCGAUCACUAACAAGGUUGAACGUGAACUGAUUGAAACUCCGAUGCAUUUAUCACAAUAUCGUAAUGUUAUUCAUGAGCUGAGGGAUGAAAUCGCACGACUUAAAACCAAGAUGAAAGAUGAUCGUUCAAAAAGUAGAGAUGAACAACUAAAAAUCAACGAAGUGUUAUCUAAAGAAGAAUGCGAAGAGAAAUCAGCCCAUUUAAAAUCUCUUCGCGAAUCGAUCGUGUCCACGUUCAAGCAACAGAUGAGACUGAGGAGGCGAUUAAUGGAGUUGGACAGUCACUUGUUGGGACUCGCGCUGGACGCGGAGAGACAGCAUGCGGCUAUCUCACACUGGGAAGCUCGUUUCAAUAGACUCUAUAAGCCCAUUAGUUUCACUGGGUCAAGGCUAAGCACGCAGCAAAGUUAUAGAGGGGGCACAGGCGCUUCGAGCACCGCUAGCGGCGGAAGCGGCUCCGAGCGCGCUGAGGCGGAGGUGGCAGUGGAGCAGGCGUGGGCAGAGCUGGCGGCCGUCGAGCGUGAGCAGGAGACCGCACGCGCAGAGCGUCUGCGCAUCGAGCGACAGUUGGAGCAGGUGCGGCUGCGGGGCGCACAGCUCGAACAGGAGCUGCCAGCGCACAUUGAGAAUGGUCCGGAGCGAGAGGUGCUGUCGCUGGUGUGUCGCGUGCAUGAGCUGGAGGCGGACAAGCUGGCGCUGCAGGGCGAGCGCGCGGCGCGGGCGCACGAGCUUCGCCGGCGGGACCUCGCGCUGCAGCGACGCGACGCGCAGCGACGACUCACUGACGAAAUCAUCACGAGACAGCGACGCGCACUCGAAGAAUAUGGCAUCGGUGUCCAACAAGAUUUAGCUCAACUCUACGAAUUAUAUCAACAAGAAAUUCAUGCGUCUACUUACACUGACAGUAAUGAUUAUUACACUCCAUAUCGUUUGCCACCUAUUUCAUUGAGUAUGUCAGAGUUGGCGUGGUCGGAGAGCUCGAGCGGGUCUGGACGAGGCUCGAGCUCGGGCUCGGGUGGCGAUCGCCGCCUGCCGCAACUCGCGCCAACGCCGCGCCCACGAACGAGAUAUAGUCAAGCAAGCGCAACCACCCUAAAGCGUUACUCGAGCGACGAUAGUUUGGUGAUCACCGCCCCGCGCGCGAGCGACCGCGCCGCGCCUUGAACUGCAUCCACAUACGGAGCCUUCUCGUAUCAUUGGUAUGGCAACUAUGACUUGUAAUGUUCAAAUCGACCAUGGUUUGAAGGUGGAUUUUCUCAUUCGUGUGUAUGAACGAUGAAAUCCAUUAUUUUCUAUAUAUAAACCGGUAAAUGAUAUAAUCUUUACAAAUU